AAAAAAAGGAGUGACUCCUGGAUGAGGAAAAGGCUUUUUCCAAUUAGCUUCCCUUCAGCACAGACAAAAGAGCCCGCUGCAGAGUCCCAGGUGCCUUGCAGCCCAGUGGCCAAGUAUUGGAGCGCCACGCCUCCGAAAGGGUGGGGCCGCCGCCUCAUUCUGGGUCUUCCCAGAAGCCGCUGCGCGGCCUCGCAGAAAUAAAAACGCGGGAGCGAGGCUGAGUACUGUAGUUGCAGUGCCAGGUCUUCGUUUUCUGAUUUUUGCAUCCUAGCAUCUGUUCGGUUGCUCCGCGGGUCUUGCCCGGCCGUUGAUUACCCCCGCCUGUGGUGCCGUUCAUUAACACGACGAGAGUGGCUAAGAGGCCCCCAAGGCCUGGGGUAGGGUGGCAAUGUGGCCGCUACGGGCCUAUACCCGCAAGAAGCGGACUGGCCAGAGGCUCAACCUAACUCCAACUCCGGACCGAAGCGUCCCCGCGAAGGCAGAGGCCCCACCAGGCCCGGGCCGGUGGCUCGUUGCCCACCGCCUGAAAGGGAAACGCAAAGCGCAGGGUUUGCCGAAGGUCGUGGAGAAGGCGGAGCACAGCGGGUGGGGAGGGAGCAGCUCUGGGCCGCUGAGCACUCAGUUAAGAGUUACAGGAAAGAAAAGCCUGAAAGAAGAUAGCAGUAGUGAAGAGAGCCAGGAUGAGAAGAGUGCUGCAUUGAGUGAAUCAGUCACUGACCUUCAGAUUGACAGUAAUUCAUCAAAUAGUGAACCAGUAUCAGGACUAAGUUUGCAGCAUGAUAUUUCCAGUUCACUUCUGAACUGUUCAAACACAGACUCUUACACAGAAUACAACAGUUUUGAAGAGAGUUCAAGUAGCUUCCCGUCACCUGAACUGUUCAGAGGGUCAGGUUAUUUAGACUGGGAGUGUCCCAAGUUGAAAGAACAUAUGCGAUGCAGGAAUUCCACUCUUCUGGACAGCAGUAAAGCAGUAGCAAUGGAGAAGGCACCACCGUUUUCAGACCUCUCUGCCAUUUUAGGUGCCUCUUCAGAAGACUAUCAGAAAUGCCAUAGAAAAACGGUGAUGACAUUAGCAGACCAAAAUCUUUUUCCAGAACCAGAGAGUACUUCAAAUUUAGAAUCAGAUAAUGCAGCUUGUGAAGUUUUACUUGCUGAGAAAACUUGCCCUCCAGCCCCUGAAAAAACAAAGAAAAAAAGAACAAAUCCCACUAUUGCUGAAAAGAAAAGGAGAGGCCUGUUAACAAGUACUCCAUCUUCAAAGACAAGUGGUUUUGUGAUUGAUUUGUCCUCAGUGCAAAAAGCAUCUUUUGAAGAACUAUUUCCAGUUGUCAGCAAUUAUGUUAAUUCAAAUGAAAUUGUUCCUAUGUCAAGUUUACAAGAGGACCCUUCAAAUGAGAUUCCUUCAAAUAUAUCAGAAAUAUGUUGUAUUAUUAGAGCAUCACCAGGAACUAGACAAGUGAAAAUUAAAGGUGUUACUAUAAAGAAGAAAUAUUCUCCUUGUAAAGAUAUUCCUCAAGAUAUUAUAAUAAAUACAAAUGGCAGGAUAUAACAGCUGUGGCUGAAUCUUCACUUUGAAGAUAUGAAUGUGAAGUAGAAGUCUAUGAAGCAGUAUGUCUGCCUGAAAUUAUAUGAAAUUAAAAAUUCCCCAUUUAUUUGUGAUAUAUCACUGUGCCGAAAUUCUGUUGAGGUGCUUAUCAUUUACUUUUAAUCAGUUAAGAAAGGAACAUUCUUCUGUAUGCUUUUCCUACACACACACAUUCUGUGUUUUUACACAAAUAAUGUACAUCUUCUAUGUUUGCCAGCCAUGCCCUCCUCCUGCAACUUAUUUUCAUAAGCGUGCUAUGCUAAUUUUUUUACAGCAACAUGUAAAAAAAAUAUUGUCAUAGUGGUUCUUAUGAA